AUGGAGAAUAGAGUGCCCGAUAACAGCACAGCCCAGUCCUUCGACGACGACAAAAGAGCCCCAGCCAUUCACGCCGAGCACGAUGCUGAGGAUGCCAACAGCACGACGGCCGAGGAGAGAUUCGUCGAUUCUUUCCCAGCGGAGAAGAGGAAGAAACUCUUGAGGAAGCUGGACUUGCACAUCGUCCCGUGUCUCAUCGCCCUUUACUUGAUGUCGUACAUCGACCGAGCCAACAUUGGCAACGCAAAGAUUGAGGGCAUGAACGAGGACUUGGGGUUAACCGGGCACCAAUACAAUGUCACUCUCUCAAUCUUCUUUGUCACCUACAUUCUCUUCGAGAUGCCAAGCAACUUCAUCCUCGAACACUACUUCCACGACCGGCCCUCAUGGUGGAUCGGUAUCAUCACCAUCGUAUGGGGUGUGCUUAUGACUCUGCACGGCAUCGUUCAAAACUUUGGAGGAAUUAUCACUGUCCGCCUCCUUAUGGGUGUUUUCGAAGCCGGUCUCUUCCCGGGUGCUAUCCUGUUCAUGAACAAGUGGUACACCAAGUAUGAAUUGGCGACCCGGUUCUCCUUGUUCUACGUAGGCUCUGCCCUUUCCGGGGCUUUCUCUGGUCUGCUUGCCUAUGCGUUCGCUAGGAUGGAUGGCAUCUCAGGCGUGGCUGGCUGGCGCUGGAUCUUCCUUAUGGAGGGCAUCAUUACUGUUUUGCUUGGCGUUAUCACACCACUUGUCCUCGCCGACACUCCUGAGAAUGGAUCCCGCUGGCUUAGCGAGGAAGAACAGCGAUAUCUCACCGUCCGAAUGACGCUUCAAGACGGCGGGGCAAAGGUGCAGAAAGCCGGCUCGCAUUUUAACUGGAGCUUGCUUUGGGAUAUUGUUUCCGACUGGCAGUUUUACCUCAUGGUGUUCAACUACUGGUCCAACACCGUCCCGACGUAUGGUCUCAAGUUUACUAUGCCACAGAUCAUGAAGAACAUGGGCUUUAAUUACCAACAGCGAUGCCCAGCUUAUUCCAUGCUCAUCAUUGCAUACUCCAUCCUGACCCCACUUGCACCAAAGAUCAAGGACAACAUCGGCGCUUGCUACUUCGCAAUUGUCCUUGCCAGUGUCGGUCUCUAUCCUAUCAAUCCUGGCUCGAGUUCGUGGAUCAGCAACAACCUCGCGGGUCCCGCCAAGCGUGCGCUCGGAAUAGCCUACAUGACUUCCCUCACCAACCUUGGAGGAAUUGGAGCUUCGUACAUUUUCAUCGACUCCGAGGCGCCUGCCUAUCCCACUGGAUUUUGCACAUCCCUAGCCUUCGCUGGUCUUGGUAUUACUGCGUCUAUUCUUCUCGAUGUCAUCUACAUUCGUAUCAACAAGAAGAGGAGCCAGGUCUCCGAGGCUGAAGUCCGCGACAAAUAUUCGGAUGAGGACCUUGCGGCCUUGGGCGACAAGUCCCCUCUGUUCAGAUAUACGCUUUAA